AUGGCACAAGCACCGCAAACGACAGGCUUCGAGCAUGAUGAUGCCUGGGACGCUAAUUGGCUGAGGGUUGACGAUACGCAUGAGCUUUACUACGAGCAGUACGGAAAGCGAGAUGGAAAAGCGGCAAUCUAUCUGCAUGGCGGACCUGGGGGUCAUACCUCCAAACCGAACUCAGCAUUCUUUAACCCAGAGCAUUACCGCGUAGUCUUGCUUGACCAGCGCGGAUGCGGAAAGUCACGUCCAAAUGCCAGUACUAUCAACAACACAACUUGGCACUUAGUUUCCGACAUCGAAGCCCUCAGGAAACAUCUCGGCAUUACGAAGUGGCACGUAGUCUUUGGAGGUUCUUGGGGUUCGACACUGGCCCUAGCAUACGCCCAAACACAUCCGUCAUCUGUUGGCUCGCUGGUCCUACGCGGCAUCUUCGCAGUUCGCGAGCUCGAGCUAAAGUGGACGAUGAACCCCGGCGGAGCAAGCACCCUCUUCCCCGACCAUUUCGACGAGUUUAUCAACUUCUUGCCCGCAGAGGAACGCGCCGAUCACGUCGCUUCGUACCACAAGCGUCUGAUGUCUGAUGAUGAGAGUAUCAGCCAUCCAGCUGCGAGAGCUUGGAACAAGUGGGAGGUUUCUAUCAGCACUCUGUAUCCCAAUGUCAAGGGGCUGGCCCAGCUCGAUGAUGCCUCGUACAACCUGGCACAUGCACGAACAGAGGCGCAUUACUUCCAACACAAGGCGUGGCUAGAGGAAGGCCAAUUGUUGAAGCAGGAGAACAUCGACAAGAUUCGACACAUCCCCACAACUAUCGUACAAGGCCGCUACGACGUCGUAUGCCCGCCCAUCACGGCCUGGGAAUUGCACAAGGCUUUCCCCGAAUCCAAGUUGCACUAUAUUGCUGAUGCUGGACACAGCGCAACAGAGCCAGGAACGAAAAAGAAGCUCAUUGAGGUCUGUGAGGAGUAUGCAGAUCUUUCCAUCUAG